AUGAGAACAAAGGUUAUUUUGUUUUACAGAUGCCAUGUAAGCAGUGAACUUAUCAGCAAUUUUACAGACAACGGUGAUGGAACAGCGUCUGCAACAAUUGAAGCUUUUAAGUUCUACAAUAACGACCAAAUUUUCUUGACAUGUGAUCUGAAGGUCUGUCCAAGCGGCUCGACCUCGUGCGACACUCAAUGUGCAGGUUCCAGAAAGAGAGAAGUAGGCGACAUAUUCAAAAGAUCCGCUCCGGAAUCAGAGACUGUAGGAUUUUACCCAAAGCAAGUUCACAACGUAUUGACAGUGUUUGAUCCGAGAGAAAACAGCGCCAUGACAGUUACUCCAUUUGGAUGGAGCUUUGUGUUCACCUUGACCUUUGUGCUCUGCAAUCGUCUGGCCAGCGUCUUUUGAUACCAACAACAAAUGUCCUGCACAUGGAAAAACCAUCUGACGUUUGCUACGCUAUACAGCUAUCAGUUGUUUUGUCACAUUGUGCAUUGUUACAUUACGUUAUUUCAUAUUUUGACUACGCAUUUAAAGUGAUCAAAGAUAAUAAAUUUUUAAAUAUGUAA